UGCUGGGUCCUAGGGUAGCUCUAUUUUUAACUUUUUGAGGAACCUCCAUACUGUUUUCCCAAAAGUGGCUGCAACAGUUUGCAUUUUCACUUACUCAAAUCACUAUUUAUAAAUUAUGUACACCAAAGUUAAUCCUGUGGAUAAUGACCAACACAGGAUAUGAUGUCAAUAUUAUCAGCACCACCAAACAAGACUUUAUAUAUAUACCCUCAUGUUUGAAAAAAAUAGCACUUAAAAUGAAUGGACAUAAAUUUUGUUCUAAGUCUGGAUAUCUUUGCAAAGGAAUGCUACCAGGAAUAUGUUUUCAUAUGUAUGUAAUGGAUAAAAAAAACACAAAACUAUGUCAAAUAAUGUUAAUCCAUCUAGAAGCCUCAGAAUUUUUAAAAUAAAUUCAAUAUUAUCUAUAUUAUUUCAACUGCUCAAAUGGAAUCCGCCCUGUCACUAUCCUGUUUUUAACUGAAUUAUGCAUAUUUAGCAAAAUGAGUUUAAGAUGACAUAGGUCAAAUUAACUGGGAACAGUAUCUUUAGUAGUAAGGGCAUUUUCAGAGUGCCCUUUUACUUCUAAAACUUGAAGAUAUGGCCAAAUCUUCCAUUUAAAGAUAUAUCCUCUAUAUGCACAAAAAUCUACUAUGUGACAGUAUCAUGACACUGAAGUAUUUAUCCGGGGGGUAACUGUAUCUUUAUCACUGCUCUCUCAGCUACUUCACUCAACUGAACAGGACUCAUAAUAGGCCCACAAGAUGCACAGUAACUUAUAAAUUAUUUUAUAUUACUUUUCCUAUUCAGUUUAUGUUUAUGAGGAAAUUCUUAAUGAUUUUUCUAAUUUUUCAACCUCUUUUCAGAAAACUAGGAGGAUUUUUCCUGGAAGACACACACAGCUCUGUGAAACCAAUUGCUACUGACAGAAAAUGCCAAACUUUUAUUUGUUCAACACAAUCAUUUUUGCUUCUUAAGAGGAAAGGGAAGAUGAAAGACCGACUUCAAGAAUUAAAGCAACGAACAAAGGAAAUAGAACUUUCUAGAGACAAGCAUGUGUCGACUACAGAAGCAGAAGAACAAGGGGUGUCUUUGCAGCAAGCUGUUAUUUACGAAAAAGAGCCUGUAGCUGAGAGACACCUACAUGAGAUCCAAAAAUUACAGGACAGUAUUAACAAUUUGACAGAUGAUGUUCAAAAAUUUGGGCAACAACAGAGAAGUCUGGUGGCUUCAAUGAGAAGGUUUAGUCUACUUAAGAGAGAGCCUAGCAUUACAAAGGAGAUAAAAAUCCAAGCAGAACACAUUAAUAGAGGUUUGGAUGAUUUAGUAAAAGAAGUUAGAAAGUCAGGGGCUGAAAAUGGUCCAUCCUCAGUGGUGACAAGGAUACUUAAAUCUCAGCAUGCUGCGAUGUUCCGCCAAUUUCAGCAAACUAUGUUUACAUACAACGACACAAUAGCAGCAAAGCAAGAGAAGUGCAAGACAUUUAUUUUCCGUCAACUUGAAGUUGCUGGAAAAGAAAUGCUUGAAGAAGAAGUAAAUGAUAUGCUUUAUCAAGGAAAAUGGGAAGUUUUUAAUGAAAGCUUACUUACAGAAAUCACUAUCACUAAAGCACAACUCUCAGAGAUAGAACAGAGACACAAGGAACUUGUUAAUUUGGAGAACCAAAUGAAGGAUUUAAGGGACCUUUUCAUUGAGAUAUCUCUUUUAGUAGAGGAACAAGGAGAAAGCAUCAACAAUAUUGAAAUGAUAGUGAACAGUACAAAAGAAUAUGUUAACACUACUAAGGAGAAAUUUGGACUAGCUGUAAAAUACAAAAAAAGAAAUCCUUGUAAGGUACUGUGUUGUUGGUGUUGUCCAUGCUGUAGCUCAAAAUAAAGAAGCUAUUUUAGACAUUUUUCCAGCUUUAGAAUGAAGAUGUCCCACGUUUCAGCGUCUUUUUUCAUUUUAUAGAUCCAUUCACAUACCUUUCAUCACCAUUAAGUCAUGAUUUUCCUCUUUAGCUUUUACCUACUAGAACGACAGAAACUUCUAAAGUCACUGACAAAAAAAAGUCUUCACUUAUUAAACUAAAAACAGUAUAGUUAACUUUAAACUCACAGGUUAACUACCAGAAAUGAGAUCAGUGAUUUUAGAUUUCUGUUCAGGUACCAAGUUCUAUUAUAUAUUUUUGUUAACUUUCAAUGCCUUAACAAGAUGAGUGUCAGUAAGUGACAACUGCUUAAACAAUCCUUUUGGCUCAUUUGAGAGCAUUUCAGUAGUUAAGAAGUGUAUAUAACAAGAACUCAAAGAGUGCUAUAUAGAUUUUUUUUUAAAGAUUUUAUUUAUUUAUUUAUUUGACAGAGAGAGACACAGCGAGAGAGGGAACACAAGCAGGGGGAGUGGGAGAGGGAGAAGCAGGCUCCCCACUGAGCAGAGAGCCCGAUGCGGGGCUCGAUCCCAGGAACCCAGGAUUAUGACCUGAGCCGAAGGCAGACCCUUAAUGACUGAGCCACCCAGGUGCCCCCAAAGAGUGCUAUAUUAAAGCAAAAUCAAAUCUUUUAUGCCCAGAUAGGUCCGUUAACUCAGUGGUCAACAUAUCCUGAGAAAAUCCAAUUAUGUACUCGAUGAAGAAUCUAGUUGGUAACUGGGAGCUGAAUCUAGUUUAAGGCCGAAGAAAGUAAGGCACUGUUUUCCUGAGCUUGGCUCCAUUCAGGACACUGUAUUACAGAUCAUUAAAUUUGACAAAUAAAAUAAAAAAUAAAGGCAAUUACAUUCUUGAAAGUUUCUCCAUCACUUUACCAUGAAGCUGAGCACUACACUAUGGGCUAGGGAUACAGUGUGAACUCACACAGGUAUAGAGAUUUGGAAUUCACAUUUUAGUGGAGAAAGCAGGUAACACACAAAUAUAAAUAUUAGGUAAUGUUAAGUUCUUGGCAGAAACUUAAAAUAAGAUGUUGAGACACAGAUGACUGGAGUGGCUUCUUUUGGUUGGGUGGUCAGUGAAGGCCUCUCUGAAAGGUAGUAUUAAAUGAUGAGGACGAGAGAGGGUAUAUCCCAAGCAUAGAAAACAAACAGUUACAAAGAUUCCGAGGAUGAUAUAAUUUACUCUGUUUAAAGAAAAACAAGCAAUACACCUGUAUCAUAGUAAGAAAAGAGUAAUGAGGUAAGAAAUAAAGUUAAGAAAGGUCAGUAGGGGCUAGCUUUAAGGAUUUGUAAGCCAUGUAAGUCUGAAGUUUACAGCAAAUGUAAUCAAUGCAAGGCCCUCAAGACUAUUUUGGCCUGAAAAUAAUGUUAUAUAAUUUAUAUUUGAGAAAAACCAUUCUACUAUGUACUACGUCUCACCAUUGUUCUAAUAAUUUUACAUUUUUACCAACAAAACACUGAGGUAGAGCAAGGUUAAGUAACCUGCCCCAGGUCACAGAAACUGUAAGAAUCAGAAUUUGAACCAAGGCAGUCAGAUUCCAGAACCAGUUCUUAACUAUUUACUAUAUAAGUAAUGAUGAAAAAAAAAUUAGACUAACUUGUGAUAGAUUUAAGAGCUAGAAUCUACAGGAUACUGAUUGGAUGCUGAUGUCAUCAGGGAAAAAGAGAUAAGGGUUUCAGAAUUGGGGGUGAAAAGGAAAUCUAGAAUUCUCUUUUGGCCAAGAGAAGCUGAGAUUACUAUAAAAUGCCUAAGUAGAGGUUUCCUAGAUAUUAGCUAUAUCACCAGGAGCUCUUGGAAGAGGGAAGGGCUAGAACUAUAGAUUUGGAUCAUUUGAGUAAACAGUAUUUAAGGUAAGUAUUUAGAAUGAAAUCACCUGAAAAGUUUGUGGAUGUAAAAAAAACAGAUGGCCAGAAAAGAGCCUGGGGUAGAAAAGUUAAUAAAGCAGAAGAGUUCAUAAAGGAGAUUGAGAAGAAACCAUCAAAGAAGCAGAAGGAAAACCAAAAAAGUGUGCUACAAUGUAGUGUUAAAAGAACAAAGUUGAGGAAAAAGUCAACUUGAGGUAAAUAAGAACAGCACACUGACAGCGGGUUUGGCAAUGUGGAGAUAAUUUGUUGACUCCAACAUGAGCAGUUUUAAGGAUACAUUGUAGGGACAGAAGCACAAGUGGAAUAUGUUGAAGAAAGAAUGCGAUAUGAGUAAGUAUAGCAGCCACUAUAGACUAUUCUUCUAUUCUUUCCAGCUGUGUGAAUAGAGGAUUAUAAAAAGGAAUUAACUGCUGAAGAGGAAUGCAGAGUCAAAGGAUUCCAUAAUACUUAAAGUUAAGAAACAGAAGAGUACAUCCUGCUAAUGCAAAUGAUCCAGAGAGCCAAACUGUCGACAUAAGAAAGGGAAGGGAUUAUAUGCAAAACUAGAAAGGGGUGGAAUCUGUAGUACAAAUGGAGAACCUGGCCUUGGACAGGACCUGAAGCACUUUUUCCAAGUAAUCGUAGAGAAGGCAACAUUCAGGAAUAAAAGCACACAGAGAGAGCUGAGCAAAUUUGGUGGUCCUAAAUGAGAGAAUUAUUUUGUGGUAGUUUCUACUUCCUAAAGAACUGAGGCACUAUUAUUAACUGAAAGCACAAUGGAAUUAAGGGAGAACUGGAAUACACAUAUACAUACAUCCUAACACUAUAAAAUAAAUUUUAAAUUAUAAAAUAUAAAGAAAUUGAAGAGUUUUCUACUCUGUCAAUUAUCAAGUAUUACUAGAGAAAAAGAUGUUUCACAUAUCAGCUCCAAAUGUUUAAAGAACUUUAUAAAAAAGAUAAAUUUAAAACCAAUGAUAAACUCUCCACCUAAUCAGGUGGUGAUUUCUUCUGGUUUUCUCAAGUUGCGCUAUAACCUUUAAUCUAGUACCUUACUGACACUUGUUUAUAAUUGUUCCUAAAUUGUUUAUCAUGGAAUCUGAGAAAAUUAAGUAUUAUUUACUACUCACUAGCAUAAUUAUGUCCAAAUGGAUUUGUAAAAUAGUAAUUUUCUAUUAGUAUUUAUAUCUGCACAUAGUGCUUUUAAAGCAAGACUUAAGCACAGAAAGAUUCUAGCAAAGUAGUACAUCACAUGUAUCACAUAUAAUUUUCAUUGUUAUAUUUUAAAAUCAACUAGAAUCACCCUGGGGCACCCAGUUGGCUGGCUCAAUCUGUGGAGCAUGUGACUCUUGAUCUUGGGGUUGUGAGUUCAAGCUUUAUGUUAGGUGUAGAAAUUACUUAAAAAUCAAAUCUUAAAAAAAAAAAAGAGGGGUGCCUGGGUGGCUCAGUC